AUGGAUAUUUAAGGAUAGUUGAAGUGCUAAAAACAUCGCAAUAACGACAUUUUGUUUGUCAAAGUUAAAAAUAUAAAAGAUGAAGAAGAUGUUUUUUAUUGUGAAUUGUGCCCUUUUAGCGAAUCAAAUUUUAGUAUGAGUGAUUGUACUCCCAUCAAAUCUAUUUUAAAUUGGAAUGAAGAAUCUCCCAUUAUUAAUCUGUUUCCUUUUAAUGAUUAAGAAUUAAUUAAAAAGCUUAAAGAUAUUUAUGAGAAAAAUAUUUAUGAAUAAUUACCAAAUCAAAUUAAUUAAUUUUAUGAUGAUUUGUAAGCCAAAAUAAUGUAAAUGAUAUUUGAAUCUAAAAAAACAUCUAUCACAUUAGCUCAAUAGCUAUGUGAGUAAAAAUAAAAGCUUUUGCAAUAAUAUAAGCAAGCAAUAAAUGCUGAUGAAAUUAAAAAAAUUUUACAAUCCUAAAAUUCUAAUACAGAUUAAAUUUAAAAAAUCUACAAAGAUUAUAUGAAAACUGUUUUUUAAAAUUCAGAAAGGAAUACUUAAAUUUUAAAUGAUUUAAAUAAAUAAUAGUAAAUAACAUAUGGGGAGCUUAAGUUGGUUUAAUAAAAAAUAAUUUCGAGCAGUUUGCUUUAAAUAAAAAAUGAUAAUGAUUUUAUCAAAAACUUUCCUCUCAUACUCCCAAAUUAAGUAGAUUUAAUGCCUUAACUAAAAUUUAGAAAAGUAGACAAAGAGGAAAAUAUGAUAAGUAAAAAUGAUAUUUUAAAAAUUGUUAACGGUAAAAUUUAAUUUAAAAUGUUUAAUCAAAAACCUAAUUAAUCUUUAAAGAAUUAUUUUUAUGAAUCAAACCUUGUUUUAAAUUAGAGUAAAUUAUACAUUUUUAGAUUUCAGAUAUCUAAUAUGUAAGUACAUAAAAUUGAGAUCUUAUUAAGCAAUAAAACUAAAGCUUAUGAUAUUGAACCUAAUAGGAUAUUUAAUAAUUAUGCACAAAAUAAUGGAGUAUUGUUAGGAAAUUAGCAAAUUAAUUACGAUCUCUUUGGAGUUUAGUUAAAUAAUGGAGGAUUGUUUGGAGGUUAGCAAAACAAUUAAAGAAACUUCUUAAUAAAUAUUCAGAAUAAUGGAAAUAAUUAAAUAUAAUUUAUAAAUAUUAAUAGUCAUAAUAACAGUAAUUAAUUGUUUGGUGUACCUUAAAAUAAUUCUAAUUAACAAAGCUAAUUUUAUUCUAUAAAAGGAGAUUUAAAUUAAAGUUUUAAUAUUGAAACAUUAUUUGAAAUUAAAAUAUUAGUAAAUAAAGGAAUAUUUGAAGUUUCUGAUUAUCCUAACAAACAAAUAAUUGUAGGUUUAGCGUAAUAGUAUAGAAGUCAAUUAUAAACCAGUUUAAACUAAGAGUUUGUUUUAUCUUUUAAAGGUAGUAUAGAUUUAAUUCAUGCAACUGAAUUUGAAUAAGAAAUAUAAAUAUGA